UAGAAUGACUGCAAAUCGUAUCGGCAUUCAAAACCACAAGCUAAAUCCCCAAAUCGAAAUUCAAUCUAUCUCAUGUCGUUCACGGCGCCCAAUCGCAUCUCCGGCCACAAUUUGAGGUCAAUUCCGCCGCCGUACUCAUCGAGCAUCCGUCAAUCGCUGCGAGUUUCAGCCGUCGCCGGCUGCGCCGGUUCCACAGCAGAGAGGGGAAAAAUGACCGAGCUCUCCCAGGCGGCAUCGCUGUACGAAGUUCUAGGGAUUCGAACCUGCGCGACGCUUCCGGAGAUCAAAUCUGCCUACAGGAAGCUCGCCAGAGUUGUGCAUCCAGACAUCGCGUCCAGCCGCGGCGAAGACGGCGAGUCGUCGGGAAACGAAUUUAUGCGAGUGCACGCGGCGUACUCUACUCUGUCGGAUCCGGAGAAGCGCGCGAUGUACGAUAGCUCGCUGUUCCGGCGACGGAGGACGGCGGUUUCUCUAGGCAGCGGUUAUUCUGGAGCAGCGAGUCCGCGGAGGCGAACUUGGGAGACUGACCAGUGCUGGUAGGAGAUCUAAUUCGAAAUUUGUGGCUCCGAUUUCGAUUUCGAGUAACUGAUUCUGUACAGGCUUUUCCCACGCAAAUAUUAUGAGCUUGAUCUCGUCUUCUUUAUUAAACCGACAGAUCGAAUUGCUCUGUGUAAAUAUAGCAAUGGAAGUGUAGAGGGUAUUUGUCGCGAAUCUUCUUCUCUGUUGUUUCGAUUUCGAUCUUCAGUGUUAGUAUUGACUUUUAACAGUUGUAAUUUGUAACUUGACGAUUGGAUGAUAUUGGUUGGAUCAA